UUGAGCAGUAAUGGGUGACUGGAGUCUUCUGGGGAACUUCCUUGAAGAAGUCCAGGAACACUCAACAUCUGUGGGAAAGGUCUGGUUGACAGUCCUCUUCAUCUUCCGCAUCCUGGUGUUGGGCACAGCAGCCGAGUCCUCCUGGGGCGAUGAACAGUCUGAUUUCAUGUGCGACACCAAACAGCCAGGUUGUCUCAACGUGUGCUAUGAUGCAGCCUUCCCCAUUGCCCACAUCCGCUACUGGGUCCUGCAGAUUGUGUUUGUGUCCACACCCUCCCUUAUCUACAUGGGGCAUGCCAUGCAUACGAUGCGCAUGGAAGAGAAACGGCGCCAAAAAGAGUUGGAGGAAGACGGCGGUGCUGAGAAAGAGUACCUGGACAGGAAGGAAACUGGGAAAGCAGAGAGCAAGGUGCGUCUCAGGGGUGCCCUGCUGCGGACGUAUGUGGUCAGCAUCCUGAUCCGCAGUGUCAUGGAGGUAGCCUUUAUCAUGGGACAGUACAUGAUCUACGGAGUCUUCCUCGAUGCACUGUACCAGUGCGACUCUCAGCCAUGCCCCCACAGGGUCAACUGCUACGUCUCAAGACCCACAGAGAAGAAUGUCUUUAUCGUGUUCAUGUUGGUGGUGGCCGCAUUGUCACUGCUGCUCAGCAUCGUGGAGCUCUACCACCUGGGCUGGAAGCAGUGUAAGAAGUGCUUCAAGGCCUACACCACUGCUCGUGCCCUAGAUGUUCAGCCUGCUGCCCGGACACAUGGUGCCCACGAACCCAACACCCCAGGUACCUCCGGCACAUGCACUCCACCUCCAGACUUCAACCAGUGCCUGGGUGCAGUGUCUCCACACCCCCACUCCAGCUGCCAUCCCUUCAGCAACAGGAUGGCUCACCAGCAGAACUCAGCCAACCUGGCCACUGAACUCCACCGCAGCAAUGACGACCUGGGCAUGGAGGACUUCCUGCAGAUGAGCUGCAGCUCGGACGUCAACGCAGGUGGUGGCAGCAUGCACCCCGAGCUGCCCUGCAGCUUUUUCAAGGAUAAACGGCGCCUCAGCAAGAACAGCGGAUCCAGUGGCCGACCGCGCCCAGGUGAUCUGGCCGUGUAGGACUAGGCCUUGGAAAGGGGCAGCUCAAAACACAUCAUGCCAGGAUAAUGCCCCAAGGCCAAAAUGCAAAGUGGAGUUCAGAGGAUCAUAAAUAAUUCAGUAAACUUGG